AUCCCUCUUUCUCACUCCCUUUCUCUCUGCCUCGUCCCUUCUUUUCCCCCUUUCCCUGCCUUGCCUCUGCAUUGGAGGGUCCUCGCAUCUUGCUCUCCCUCCCUUCCCUCCCUCCCUGGUGCCUCUUGGGUUGGAAUACAUAGUGAUGUGUUAACUACAGGAUGCCCAACAGCACUGGAAAGAGGUUUAAACCUACUAAAUACAUCCCUGUCUCCACAGCAGCUGCCUUAUUAGUGGGUUCGACUACUUUAUUUUUUGUUUUCACGUGCCCCUGGUUAACAAGAGCCAUCUCCCCAGCCAUCCCUGUGUACAAUGGGCUCGUGUUCUUGUUCGUACUUGCAAACUUCAGCAUGGCGACUUUCAUGGACCCUGGAGUUUUUCCACGAGCAGAUGAAGAUGAGGAUAAAGAUGAUGACUUCCGAGCUCCACUCUACAAGAAUGUGGAGAUUAAAGGAAUCCAAGUACGGAUGAAAUGGUGUGCCACCUGCCAUUUCUAUCGCCCGCCCCGCUGCUCCCAUUGCAGCGUCUGUGACAACUGUGUUGAGGACUUUGACCAUCACUGCCCAUGGGUCAACAAUUGCAUAGGACGGAGGAACUACCGAUAUUUUUUCCUCUUCUUGCUGUCCUUAAGCACACACAUGGUCGGAGUGUUCAGCUUUGGGCUGAUCUAUAUUUUAAACCAUAUGGAAAAGCUGGGGGCAGCUCACACCACCAUUACCAUGGCUGUCAUGUGUGUGACUGGAUUGUUCUUUAUCCCAGUCAUUGGUCUCACAGGUUUCCAUAUUGUUCUAGUGGCACGAGGGCGUACAACCAAUGAGCAGGUGACGGGUAAGUUCCGUGGGGGGGUGAAUCCUUUCACUCGAGGAUGCUGUGGUAACGUGGAACAUGUGCUCUGCAGCCCUCUGGCUCCCAGGUACAUUGUUGAGCCAAAGAAAAAGCAGGCUGUGAGUGUGAAGCCUCCUUUCUUCAGACCAGAUCUAUCCGAGCGACAGAUCACAGUGAAGAUAAGUGACAAUGGGAUCCAAGCCAAUCUUAACCGAAGCAAGUCUAAAGUUAGCCUGGAAGGUCUGGAGGAUAAAACCAUGGACAUUCAGCCACCUCUGCCUCCCAAAGGAGAUCCAAGCAAGUACUCUGAACUAAAGGGGCAGCUGGGAACCAGUGAAGAGAGUGGUCUUUCACCUAAAUUGAUCAGUCCCCCCACUCCUGCCAUGUAUAAGUAUCGACCAGCUUUCAGCAACAAUCCCAAAGUCCACUACCACGCUGCGGCUGAGCAGAUCACCAUGCAGGAGGGACACAAGCAAGGAGUUUUGAUUGAAGAGAACAACCGGAGUCUUGAUUAUCAAUCAGAGCCCAACCUGGACAUCCCGAACUACAGGAAGAGCUCACUUCACAAGACUUAUCAGUCCUCCCCACUCCAGAUAGACUCCUUCGCCGUGAAUUCGCGAUCCCUGAGCUUGAAGUCUGCCAGCAGGAGAGGGACAGACAAAGUGCCGCUGCACCCAAUAAAAUCAGAAGGAGCUGCUUCCACCCCCUACAAAAGCAUCUUUUCCCCCAACUCCCUAUCAAACAGAAAUGGAAGUCUGUCUUAUGACAGUUUGCUAAACUCCAUGUCCCCCUCUGGGAGGAAAUGCAUAGCCCAUUCUGCUGUUGGCUCUGUAGGGUACCAUUCGCCAUAUUUGUCAGCCAAAAUGUGCCACCUACGGGGGAGCGAGCUGCAGCGCCAGGCUCCACAGAGUUUCAGCCCGGUGCUGGGGGGCCCAGCACCGCACCAGCGGGACCCCUCUCCCGUCCGUUACGACAACCUUUCAAAAACCAUCAUGGCAUCCAUCCAGGAGAGGAAAGAAAUGGAAGAGAGGGAGAAGCUCCUCCUCUCACACCCGGAUUCGGUGUUUGCAGACUCGGGUGUGUAUGACACCCCUAGCUCUUACAGCCUUCAACAAGUCAGCGCGCUGUCUGAAGACCCUCGCAGCAUGGUGAUGAGAUAUGGCUCCAGAGACAAUUUGAUGACUGCGACCAGUUUUAGCACAAGGAACCCUAUAUUGCAGUCCUCGGUGUCUUCCCUCUCAAGUGCAAUGGCCAGGGCACCAAGGACUUCCACAACUUCCCUUCAAGCCGAUUUAGCCAAUAACAAUGUCCAGUCCCAUCAGGCACUACAGGCCAGGGUGAGCAAUGGCUCCUACAAGUCACCAGGCCAUCAGGUCCCAUCAUCUCCUACAGGGAUGCCUAGGUCACCCUCUUACGGAGGUCCGAAGGCUGUCUCAUUUGUUAACACUGUGGAAAUAACAGAGGUGCAAUCUGUGGGAGCACAAAGACGUGAACCACUGGCUCUUAUCAACCGGAAAAAGAAAAAUGAAGAGACUGGGGAAGAAGAACUUGCUUCCCGCCUAGAUCACUGCAAAGCAAAAGCUACCAGACACAUAUUCCUUAUCCGCCAUUCUCAGUACAACUUGGAUGGUCAGAUUGAUAAAGACAGAAUUCUGACCCAGCUGGGUCGUGAGCAGGCAGAGCUGACUGGGCGCAGGCUGGCAAGUUUGGGGUUGAAAUUUGAUACAAUUAUCCACUCCUCUAUGACCAGAGCAACGGAAACAACCGACAUCAUCAGCAAGCAUCUUCCAGGGGUCAAAAAAGUUAGUACUGACCUGCUAAGAGAGGGAGCACCUAUAGAACCAGUCCCUCCAGUAUCUCACUGGAAACCAGAAGCUGUGCAGUAUUAUGAAGAUGGGGCUCGUAUUGAGGCUGCUUUCCGAAACUAUAUUCAUAGGGCUGAUGCAAAGCAGGAAGAGGACAGCUAUGAGAUUUUUGUUUGCCAUGCCAACGUGAUCCGCUACAUAGUUUGCAGAGCAUUACAGUUCCCCCCGGAAGGCUGGCUUCGGAUGUCCCUGAAUAAUGGCAGUAUAACCCACUUGGUGAUCCGUCCUAGUGGAAGAGUGGCACUUAGAACACUUGGAGACACAGGAUUCAUGCCUCCAGAUAAAAUCACACGCACCUGAGUCUGUGCCGGUGAUGGCCAUCUGGGAGCUGCUUCUAGUCUCGCUGCACUAGUACAUCCGACUACUGUACCACUAAAUUUCUAUUUGUAAUAUCAGGGUAUGAUGCUGUUUUAAAAUUGUACUUUAAUCCCCUCUGCCUCCUUUGCAUACUCAUGUCUGCUUUUCAGUCCAAAAAAGACGACUUUGAAUUUCUUCAGAGUUCUAUGGAUUUUCCUUGUAUCACUUCAUAAAAUGAAGAGUGACACCUCCCCGCUCUGAGAUGUGGAGUAUGAAAAGACUGAUGAAAGGAUAUUUGUGCUCAACCAUUCGAGAGCACCACUUGCUUGUAAAGUAAAAAUUACUCUUCCUGUUGAGCUUUUGGUGAACUGAUUCCUAUGCUAUAGAGGGGUAUGACUACUAGUGCUUUCCCUGGUUGAAGUUAUGUAUGUGUUUAGCAGACACAGGGCAUACUGAAAUGAGGAGAGAAGUAUACAGCUGUGGUGGUAGAUUAGUGUGACUUUAAUGCUCCCUGCUUUGGAAGUUCAUUCCCCUAUUCUGAAAAAUACUCCUAGCAACAGUAUCUCACACGCUGAGAGAAGUCUUUUUGUAUCUACUGAAGCAGCUAGCAGCCACACACAUCUUGCUCCAGAAGGAAAGUAAAUGUUAAGACAGACUUUCUUCAUAAGCCAGUUUAUAAUACUACCUUGUCCUUAUGCCUGAAUGGGGCUUGUGGCAGUGAUAGUAGAGGGCUCUGCAGUAUAGAUAGUGCUUGUCUUAUGCAGGUAAGCUUUGAGAACAAACAAUCAAUCUGCCUCCACAUCACCCUGGACUAAGCUUGUCAAAGUACCUAACUCUCUAUUUGAUGCUGUUAAUUCCUAUAUACCUUUUUACACUCCAACCAUGAGUGCUCAGUUUGGGCAAAAUUCUGGUGCUAUACUAAUUUUUAUAGCAAACUAGUAUGAUGGUGAAAGAACAAAAAGAGUAUGGGAAGUUAGUUCUAGUCAGGUGAGAACAAGGUUCAUGCUCAUAACUGGACAUUUUACAACAUAAGCUUUUCUUGAAGAAAAUGCUAGGUACUCACCUCUGCCUUGUCAGAGCUAAUAUGAAAUUUUAAUUAUGAGAAACAGUGCCUAGCAACCUGUGCAGUUGAAACCAUGAACUCUUUCCACGCUGUUUAAGCCAUCUGGCUCUUGCAGUUGGAUCAGUUUAGUGAAACAGUUCUUUACUAAAGAACAUAAAACUUUGUAUAUGAAAAGGGGUGUGUGUGUGUGUGGGGGGGGGGGGUCUUCAGCAAUCACUGCAAGAAAUUGGAAUAAUUUUGUCUAUCAACUUUUUAAAAUAUUUGAAUAAAAAUUUAAGUGGUC